AUGGCUCCUUCGGUCUGGACUUUGGUGCUGCUGCUGGGGGCUGCCUGGGGCCAGGACCACAAGCCUACGCCUCUGGACUGGAAGCUGGUGGUUCCCCGCUCUGAGGACAACUCUGUUCUCACUGAGUGUGAUUUUGAGGAUGACUCUAACCCCCUCUGCAACUGGACCCAAGUGUCUGCAGAUGAUGGGGACUGGACUCGAGCCAAAGGGUCUGGGCAUAAUGACACCACUAGGCCGCCUGGGGGGUACCCCAACAAAGAGGGCUACUACCUGUACAUGGACCCGCGCGCCUUCCGCCAGGAUGGGGUGGCCCGCCUGCGCAGCCCCACCAUCUGGGAGGUUGGGCCACUGUGUGUGCACUUCGCCUACCACAUGUUCGGGUUGUCGUGGGGCGCCCAGCUCAAACUGCUGCUGCUCCCCAGCACCCAGGGAAGGCGCCCCCUCCUGCUCUGGAAGCACAGAAAUACCCAGGGUACUUCCUGGAUGCCCACCGCCAUCACAGUGCCUGCGGGGCUGGCCCAGCCCGGCCAGUUGAUGUUUGAGGCAGUAAGGGGCAGCACCGCUUACCUGGCCAUCGCUCUGGAUGCCCUCUCUGUCUUUCGGGGCGCCUGCCAUCAGGUCUGUGUGAUGCAAACCUGCAACUUUGACACUCCAAAUGACCUCUGUGGCUGGAGCUGGAUCCCAACUCCCACUGGGGCCAAAUGGAUCCAGAAGACGGGGUCAUCAGGGGACCCAGACGUGGGGCCCGUGGGCGACUUUUCCAGGCCUGGUAAUGGCUCCUACAUGCUCCUGGACCCCAGGGAUGCAAAAUCAGGGCAGAAAUCAAUCCUCCUGAGCCCGCUGAGCCAGUCCUCUGGCUGUCUGAGCCUCUCCUUCCACUAUGUCCUCCGGGCCCGGACUGCUGGUGCAGCCCUCAUGGUCAAGGCUGCAGCCUUGGGCAGUAUCCGGAAACACACUCUAUUCUCAGGACAGCCUGGACCCAACUGGCAGCCUGUUUCUAUCAAUUAUACAAGCCAGGGGCAGAUACAGUUCAUCAUAGUGGGUGUGUUUGGAGCAAUCCCAGAGCCAGCUGUGGCCGUGGAUGCAAUCAGCAUCGCUCCCUGUAAAGAGAACUUCCCUCAAUGUGACUUUGAAGAUGAUGCCCAUCCCUUCUGUGACUGGAUCCAGGCAUCUAGAGAUGGCGGACACUGGACCCGGGGAAGUAGAAAUACAUCCACCCAGGGCACAGGCCCCUCUGGAGCUUCCCCUAAUGGAGACCAUCACUACAUCUACCUAAAGCCUGACAAGAUAAGGCAGCCUGUCAGACUAGUGAGCAGGUCCUUCUGUGCACUUGAGGCGAUCUGUGUGGAGUUUACUUACCACAUAUAUGGCUCUGGAGAGGGUGCUAUGCUCAAGCUCCUGCUGGGGACUCCUAGAGGUAGUGCCAUGAGUUCUCUCUGGAGCCGUGUGGGGUCUCAGAACCCUGCCUGGCAGCAGGCCUCCAUCACCAUCCCUUCAGGACAUCAACAGCCCAUGCAGCUGAUACUUGAGGCUGUCGUGGGCACCAACACUACCUUUGAUGUUGCUGUGGGUUUAAUCUUGAUCCAUCGUGGGGCCUGUCGUCCAGGUAAGAUGAAACCCAGGGUCCUGGAAAGGAGGCUAUGCCAUCUUUAUAAAUUGCUUAAAACACGAGCCUUCUCUUGCACUUGCAUGAGUGAAGAGGGUAGUAGUAUGAUUUUGACUAAACUUCAGGGAUUUUUUUUUUCAGGACCUAUGUCCAUAGUGCUUCCUGUGAAACACCCAGUUCUGCCUACCGUUGCUACUGAACCACCUGCUGUCCCCACAGAAAAACCCACUGUCCCUACUGAAAACACCACCAUCCCCACAGAAAAGUGUACCACUCCCACUAUAAAGCCCACCACCACCACAGAAAAAACCACCAUCCCCACAGAAAAAUGUCCUGCCCCCACUGAAAAGCCCACCAUCCCCACAGAAAAGCCCAUUGUUCCCACAGAAAGACCCACCAUCCCCACUGAAGAGCCCACUGCCCCCAUUGAAGAACCCACAGCCCCCGCUGAAGAGACCACUAUCCUCACUGAAGGAUCCACAGUCCCCACAGAAAAACUCACCAUCCCCACUGAAAAACCCACCAACCCCACAGAAACACCCACAGUUCCUACAGAAAAACCCACCAUCCCCACAGAAAAACCUACCAUCCCCACUGAAAAACCAACCAUCCCCACAGAAGAGCCCACUGUCCCCACAGAAAAGCCCACCAUCCCCACAGAAAAACCUACCACCCCCACUGAAAAACCUACCAUCCCCACUGAAGAGCCCACUGUCCCCACAGAAAAGCCCACCAUCCCCACAGAAAAACCUACCACCCCCACUGAAAAACCUACCAUCCCCACUGAAAAACCCACUGUCCCCACUGAAAAACCCACUAUCCCCACUGAAGAGUCCACUGUCCCCACAGAAGAGCCCACUAUCCCUACUGAAAAAUUCCCCAGCUCCACUGAAAAGCCCACCGUCCCUAUAGAAGUGCCCACAGUCCCCACUGAAAAACCCACCAUCCCCACAGAAAAGUCAACAGUCACCACAAAAUCACCCAUGGUCUCCACUGAAAAAUCCGCUGCCCCCACUGAAAUGCCCACUGUUCCUACUGAAAAACCCACAGUCCCCACAGAAAAACCUACCAUCCCCACUGAAAAACCCACCAUCCCCACAGAAAAACCUAUCAUCCCCACUGAAAAACCCACAAUCCCCUCAGAAAAGCCUACCAUCCCCACAGAGAAACCCACCAUCCCCACAGAAACACCCACCUUCCCCACAGAACAAACCACAAUCCCCACAGAAACACCCACCCUCCCCACAGAAAAGCCCACCAUCCCCACUGAGGAGCCUGCUCUACCCACUGAAAAACCCACCCUCCCUACAGAAAAGUCCACCCUUCCCACAGAAAAGCCUACCCUUGCCACAGAAAAACCCACCAUCCCCACUAAAAAGCUCAUUGUCCCCACUGAAAAACUCACCGAGAAACCUACCAUCCCCACUGAGGAGCCCACUGCCCCCACUGAGGAACCCACCAUCCCCACUGAAAAACCCACUGAAAAGCCCACUAUCCCCACUGAGGAGCCCACUGCCCCCAUGGAAAAACUCACCCUCCCCACAGAAAAGCACACAGCUCCUAUGAUAGCCCACACCAGCCCAACACUCAAACCCACUGGGCCAAUGGUCUUGGCGAUGACUCCAACUGCUCCAAGUGCCUUCACAACCAGUGUAACCCUCGGCACCACUGCAACCCGUAGACCUGCUCCAGUGACCUGUCCCUCAGAUGCCCACUACGAGUCCUGUGCCUGCCCAGCAACCUGCGAGAACCCCAAGCCCACCUGUCAGCUCCCCUGCAGGCCAGGCUGUGUCUGUAAUCCCGGCUUUUUGCUUAGUCACUCCCACUGCAUCAAAGCCUCGUCCUGCAGUUGCUUCUACAACAACAACUAUUACAAGUCCGGGGCAGAGUGGUUCAGCCCCAACUGCACAGAGCAUUGCCGCUGCUCAUCUGGAAGUCACCUGGAGUGCCAGGCCUCUCAGUGUGGGACACACAAAGUGUGUCAACUGCAGAACAGCCAGUACGGAUGCCACCCCUAUGGCACUGCGACCUGCUUGGCUUACGGAGACCCUCAUUAUCUCACCUUUGACGGAAGGCACUUUAGCUUCAUGGGCAAAUGCACCUACAUCUUGACGCAUCCCUGUGACAACUCCACAGACCCAUACUUCAGGGUGACAGUCAAGAAUGAGGAACAAGGACAGGAAGGCGUCUCCUGUCUGAACAAAGUCUAUGUGACCCUCGCCCAGACCACCAUCACCCUGCUCAAGGGCAGACGCACGCUGGUUGGAGGCCACCAAAUCACCCUCCCAGCUAUGCCUUUUCAAGAUACCUUCUUGACUCAAAGUGGGCGAUUUGUGGAACUGCAAACAGCAUUUGGCUUACGGGUGAGGUGGGAUGGCGACCAGCAACUGUAUGUGACUGUGCCCAGCACCUACUUUGGCCAACUCUGUGGUUUCUGUGGAAACUAUGAUGGUGACAGCAGCAACGACAAUAAGAAACCGGAUGGCAACCUAGCACUGGACGAUGAGGAGCUUGGGAACAGCUGGCAGAUAGCCGGGGAUGAGGAUAAGGAGUGCCAUAGGAACCCGGCAAGUCCCCCAUCUUGUGACUCAGCUUUGCAUAACAGCCUACUGGGGCCAGAGUUCUGUGGACGGCUCAUUGACCCCAAUGGAAUAUUUGGAGCAUGUCUGCCUCACCUCAAGGCCUUUUUCUACUACGAGAACUGCUUGUUUGACAUGUGCAACUUUCAGGGGCUGCAGCAGAUGCUGUGUGCCCAGAUGGCGGCCUUGACGGAGACCUGCCAGGCUGCUGGCCUCAUGGUGAAGCCCUGGAGAAGCCCCCAGUUCUGCCCUCUAGCCUGCCCACCCAACAGCAGGUACUCCCUGUGUGCCAAGUCGUGCCCAGAGACCUGCCAUUCAGGACUCUCCGGCUUGUCCUGCCCGGACCGCUGUGUGGAGGGCUGCGAGUGCAACCCGGGCUUUGUCCUCAGUGGCCUCCGGUGUGUCCCCAAAAACCGGUGUGGGUGCUACCAAGCUCCAGGGGCCUACUUUGAGGAAGGGGAGUCUUGGUAUAAAACAGACUGCAAGGAGCGCUGCUUCUGUGAGAGCAACAACAAAGUUCGCUGUGUGCGCUGGACGUGUGGGCCUCAGGAGAUCUGUGUCCUGCAGGACGGCACCUAUGGAUGUCAUGCUAAAGGUACUGGCACCUGCACUGCUUCAGGUGACCCCCACUACCUGACCUUUGAUGGAGCCCUGCACCACUUCAUGGGCACCUGCACCUACACCCUGACCCGGCUUUGCUGGAUUGGAGCCCGAGAGAGCUACUUCGCUGUGAGCGCCACCAACGAGAACCGGGGUGGGAAUGUUGAAGUCUCCUACAUCAAGGCCGUCCAUGUGCAGGUCUUCAACCUCCGGCUCUCAUUGAUCAAGGGCCGAAAAGUCAUGCUGAAUGAUCGCCGGGUGUCCCUGCCUCUGUGGCUUGCUGAAGGCCGAAUGAGUGUGGGGCUCAGUGGCUUGUUUAUCCUUCUCCGAACGGACUUCGGGCUUCGGGUUCGAUAUGACGGGAACCACCUGGUAGACGUGACAGUGCCCUCCUCCCUCGCUGGUCGGGUCUGCGGGCUGUGUGGGAACUACAACAACAACAGCUUGGAUGACAAUCUGCGCCCAGAUAGAAAGCCAGCAGACAGCUCUGUCCAACUGGGCGCAGCCUGGGUGUUAUCUUCUGCCUCUGAACCUGGUUGCUUUGUUGCUGGUGGCAAGUCCCCUAGCUGCCCAGGGAAAGAUGUGGCAGACGGCUGGAAUAAGAACUGUGAGAUCUUAAUCAGCCCUCAGGGACCCUUUUCCCAGUGCCAUGCGGUGGUGUCCCCGCAUCCCAGCUUCAACAGUUGUGUGUAUGGGCAGUGUGGGACCCAGGGUGACACCCUGACCCUAUGCCGCUCCCUGCAGGCCUAUGCGGCCCUCUGCGCCCAGGCUGGUCGGCCCCCUGCCUGGAGGAAUAGUACCUUCUGCCCUCUGAAGUGCCCGUCCGGCAGCAGCUACAGCCCCUGUACCAGCCCCUGCCCAGCCACCUGCCUCAGCCUGGACACUCCAACAGACUGCCCAGCCACGCUGCCUUGUGCUGAAGGCUGUGAGUGCCAGAAAGGCCAUGUUCUAAGCGGGACCUCCUGUGUGCCCCUCAGCCAGUGUGGCUGCACUGACCGGCAGGGCUCCUACCACCCGGUCGGGGAGCGCUGGUACGCAGAUAGCACCUGCUCCAGGCUUUGCACCUGCUCCAGCCACAACAACAUCUCCUGCAGCCAUACCAGCUGUAGCCCCAACCAGAUGUGCUGGCCCCUUGAUGGGCUCCUCCGCUGCAGGGCCUCAGGUAUGGGAGUGUGCCAUGUCUCAGGUGACCCCAACUACGUGAGCUUCGAUGGCAGUUAUCAUUCCUUCAGGGGUACCUGUACUUACAUCCUGGUAAAAGUGUGCCACCCCAACAGGGAGCUGCCUUUCUUCAAGAUCAGUGCCAAGAAUGAGAAGCAGGGUGGCCAAACCCCAGCUUUCUACCUCCACCAUGUCAACAUUUACAUCAGUGGUUACAAUAUCACCCUACAAAAGGACCACCAUGUGCUGAUCGACGGCAAACCGGUCACUCUUCCUGCAAAAACCCAGAUCCGGCGGGUCACCAUUACUGCCAAUGGCAUCUAUACUGUGGUCAGUGCUUACAUUGGGCUGAUGGUCAAAUUUGAUGGCGAACAUCUCUUAGAGAUCCAAAUCCCCAGAGCCUAUUACCAAAAGGUCUGUGGUAUGUGUGGAAACUUCAAUGGUGAGGAAGAGGAUGAACUAAUGAUGCCUAAUGACGAACUAGCCCAGAAUGACAUAGAAUUUGCCAACAGUUGGAAAGAUAAGGAUGACUCUGAUCCAAGUUGCCAACGAGAUGACCGGGAGGCUCGGCUAGAACACCGGGAGAACCCGAAUACGAACUGCAAGCCAGAUGACCUAGUGAGGGCCCAGCAGCAAUGCCAAGCAGCCUUUCAGGGUUCUGGCUGGUCUGAAUGUGCCACCCAAGUGGUCCCCAAACCCUUCCUGAUUGGCUGUACCUACAAUCUCUGUGAGUUUAGAGGUGAAAACCGUGCCAUCUGUGAUGCUCUGCAAGCCUUUGGAGUCGCCUGCCAGGCCCAGGGGCUUACGCCUCCAUUUUGGAGAAACAAUAGCUUCUGCCCUCUAGAAUGCCCCGCCUAUAGCAGCUACACACACUGCGUUCCCUCCUGCCCGCCUUCCUGCGGGGACCUGAAGGGCCAAUGUGAGGGCACCAAACUCCUCUCCACCUGCCUUGAGGGCUGCAUUUGUAACCCUGGCUAUGUGCUCAGAGAUGACCAGUGCGUGCUCAGGAAUCAGUGCAGCUGCAGGGACGCUGAGGGCGGCAUCCUUCCCGCGGGUAAGACCUGGAUGUCCAUUGGCUGUACCCAGAGCUGUGUCUGCACAGAGGGAGUCAUUCAGUGCCGGACCUUCCACUGCCCCUCAGGCUCUCACUGCCAGCCCAAUGCCAAGGGCAACAGCAACUGUGUACCCGAUUGGUUGGAUCAUUGCUCAGUCUCUGGGGACCCCCAUUACCGCACGUUGGAUGGCCUAAGCUACCACUUCCAGGGCCGCAUGACCUACAUUCUGGUAAAGACCAUGGAUGUACUCCCUGAUGGGGUGGAGCCUCUGCUCGUGGAGGGUCGCAACAAGAUGUACCUGCCCUGGAGCCCAGUCUUCUUGCAUGAAGUGUUGGUAUAUGUCUAUGGCUUUAGAAUCCAGCUCCAGCCUGGCCUGGAGGUUGUGGUCAACUAUGAGAGGGUCACCAUUCCCUACAAGCCCAGUGAGCACCUUCAGGUCUCCCUGCGAUCUCACCGCCUGUACCUGAUCACUGACUUCGGGCUGUCCAUCAGCUUUGAUGGGAACAAAAAUGGCGUGAUCUCCAUGCCCAGCAUGUACCAAGGCCUCGUGCGUGGCAUGUGCGGAAACUUUGACAGAAACCAGAGCAAUGACUUAAUGUUGCCUGAUGGCACCAUUACCCACAACGUUAACAUCUUUGGCAACAGCUGGGAGGUGAAGCCAGCCCAGUCAACCCUUGCCCGCGUUCCAAGGGCCAUACAGGAGGAAGAAGAGGAAGAAGGGGGCUCAGGCUUCCAUGCGUCAGUGUGCAGCCCGGAGCAGCUGGAAUUCUUAAACAGCACCCAGACCUGUAGGGUGCUGGCUGACCCCCAGGGCCCCUUUGCUGUGUGUCACCAGACUGUGGCCCCGGAGCCCUUCCAGGAGCACUGCGUGUUUGAUCUAUGUGCUGCCCGGGACCCUGGGGAACGGGAGGAGCGGCGCUGCCAGUUGUUCAGUGGGUAUGCCCUCAUCUGCCAGGAGGCAGGUGCUGCCCUGGCUGGCUGGCGUGACCGCACCAGCUGUGCCUUGGCAUGUCCAGCCAACACCGUGUAUCAGAGCUGCAUGACCCCCUGCCCUGCCUCCUGUGCCAACCUAGCGGCGCCCAGGGACUGUGAAGGCCCAUGCGUGGAAGGCUGCGCCAACCUCCCUGGCUAUGUCUACAGCGGUGCUCAGAGCCUUCCUUGGCCGACUGUGGCUGCAUCAACGACGGCAUGUAUUACCAGGUCCGGGCUGCGUGUGAAAGGACUCGGGGGAGCAGAGAUGCAAACAUAGAGCCAGCCUAGGGAUGAAAACCAGAUCUUCUGUUCCUAACCCUACUCCCUUUUCCAGCGGGGCGAUAGUUUUGUG